AUGUCAUUGCUUGGACAGUUACUUGAUUUAUAUUGUGAAGGAAAAUUAUGUAUUUAUUGUGUUGCAAGGUUUUCGUUUAGAAUAGGAGAACGAUACUACUCACAAAGUAUGGAAGAAAUUAUAAAUAAUUUAUUUCAAGCAGAAAAAAGAGAGGUUGUCCAUCCAAAGACCAAUUGUGUUAUUUGUUUUAAUAUGUCUAUUUAUUUUCAAAGUGAUGAAAUAGUUGAACGAAUACAUGAGGCAUUAAAAGAAUCAGGACAUAUUUAUGAAGGAACAUUUUAUAUUAAUACAUCAUUUCCACAAGCUAUUUUUGUUAGAGAAAUAGCAUUAUGUAGAUAUAUAACAAGAACAUUUCCAUCAAAGAAUUAUUCUCCUUUUAGGCUAAAAGAUACAUUAAGAUUUAUUUUAAUGAAUAAAAUUAAAGAUUGGAAAUGUGAAUUGGAAUCACCAUUAAAAUUAACAAUUGAAUUUACUCAUCAACAAUUAAGAGAAGAUGGGGAUAAACUCAUUGAAAUAUCAGUUGGAAAAAAGAGAAAAAGAAUGGAAACAUUAACAUCAACAAUAGCAAUGAAUGUCAUUGAAAAUAUUCCAUUAAAAGUAUUUGAAGAAUCAUUUACUAUUCCACCUAUUAGAAAUGAAGAAGAUCCAGGAAAGUAUAGAUUUAUAUUUGAAAGAGAUUAUAUUUAUAUUGGUGGAAGAUAUAGAAAAUACUCAAGACAAUUAAGUCAAUCACAAUGGGUUAUUCAAGGAAAAGAAAUGCAUGAACAUUCUAUUACAAAAGAAAUAGGUGAGGUAUUAAAGAAAUAUUUUGAAUGUGAUGAAUAUUUUAUGAUUGCAUCUGGAAGAGAAGAUGUUGAUGUUAGAAUGUUAGGAAAUGGAAGACCAUUUGUUUUUGAAUUACAUAAUCCAAGAAAAGUUUCAUUACCAAUAGAAUUAUAUGCUCAAAUACAAGAAGAAAUUAAUAAAUCACCAGCAAUUCAAGUAAUGCAUCUUCAAGCAAUAGAAGUUAAAGACAUUGAUAUAAUUAAAAAAGGAGAAAGAGAGAAAAGAAAAAGAUAUUUAGCAUUAAUAUGGGCAGAAUCAAUGAAAGAAUUAAAAAUAAAAGAUUUAUUAAUUCAACAAAAAACACCUAUUAGAGUAUUACAUAGAAGAUCAUUAUUAACAAGAGAAAGAAUGAUAUAUUCAUUAGAUUUACAUCCAAUUGAUGAACAUUUUGGAUUAUUAGAAUUAGAAACACAAGCAGGUACUUAUAUUAAAGAAUUUGUACAUGGAGACUUAGGUAGAACAAAACCAAAUAUUAUAGAAUUAUUAGGAUGUAAUGCAGAUAUAUUAUCAUUAGAUGUUAUUGAAGUUUUACUUGAUUUUCCAAAAGAAUGUAGACCAGAAAAAUUAAGACCUGUUACAUUUGAUAUUCCACCAUUUAUUACAUUAAAUGAACAACAAAAACAAAAGUGUAAAGAAAUUAUUAAUUAA